AUGGCCUAUGACCACUACAUGGUCAUCUGCCAUCCACUUAGGUACACAGUCAUUGUGAACCUAUGCUUAUGUGUUUUACUGAGCCUAGUCUCUUUGUCUAUUAGCAUUAUGUAUGGACUACUCCAUGGUCUAUUGUUAUUGCGACUGUCCUUUUGCACAGAUCACCAAAUGCCCCACUUGUUCUGUGAACAUGCUCAGGUUAUCAGGCUCACUUGUCCUGAUAUGCUCAUUGAUAACAUAAUAAUAUAUGUUGCAGCUUGCAUCUUUGGUGGUGUUGCUGUGUUUGGAAUCAUGCUUUCUUAUAUUCACAUUGUGUCAUCUAUCUUGAGAAUUCCAUCAUCAGACAGAAAGUAUAGAGCCUUUUCUACCUGUGGCUCUCAUCUCUCAGUUGUCACCUUGUUCUAUGGGACAGGUUUGGGGGUAUACAUUAGUUCUUUAAUAACUGACUCAUCCAAAAAGGCUUCAGUAGCUUCAGUGAUGUAUUCUGUCAUCCCUCAAAUGAUAAACCAUUUUAUCUAUAGUCUAAGGAAUUGGGACAUGAAGGUGAUGACGCUAAUGCAGUUGUCUACCUCUGGUCCUGAGGAAAGUCACAAGAAUCUGAGAGCUUGUUUCAGGGUUAUUUGA